GGGGCAUUUUCAGAAGACUAGCCUGUCGACAUGUAGCUGAGGAAGAAAGGCAGCAUGUAGUAGUGUAGCAGGACCUUCAGUGUUUUUACGAACUUAGUAAAAAAUGUCGCUCUUCUUUCAUUUAGUUAUAUAAUUUACACAGGACAGUCAGACACUCGUUAUCGGUCUCAAGCAGCACAUGUGUAUGCACCAUGGAGCCUGUAAUGCUUCAGGUUUGGCAGAGAGCCUUUCGCCGCCUGCACAGGACCCUGAUCCUUCCGAAGAGGUUAGACUCAGGCUGUGCUGAGCAGGCAGCCGUCCCUGCUUCUGCGCCCUCCUAUGGUAGCAAGCCCGUACUCCUGGUGUCUCGUCUCUACCAGCCUUCGAACUUGCGUGAUGUGGCGCUGGACAGCCGGCUGCCAGGGGAGAUGAGCUGCAAGAGCCAGAGGCUCAUGCAGCAGGCUGGGCUUAUUCAUCCAUCCAGCCCAGGGUGCUACUACUACCUUCCUGCCACCGUCCGCUCCAUGGAGAAGCUGGUGAGAGUGAUCGACCAGGAGAUGCAGGGGAUUGGUGGGCAGAAGCUGGACAUGCCCAGUUUGUGCUCGGCCGACCUCUGGAAAACCAGUGAGCGCUGGGAUUUGAUGGGAAAGGAGCUGUUCCGCCUGAAAGACCGGCACGGCGCUGACUACUGCCUGGGUCCCACUCACGAGGAGGCAGUGACGACUCUCGUCGCUCACCAGGCGACUCUCUCCUACAGACAGCUCCCACUGCUUCUUUACCAAAUCACCCGCAAAUUCAGAGACGAGCCAAAGCCGAAGUUUGGCCUUCUCCGAGGGAGGGAGUUUUACAUGAAGGACAUGUACUCCUUUGACGUGAGCGAAGAAGCCGCUCAUCAGACGUACGAGUCUGUGUGCCAAGCGUAUACUCGGCUCUUCGCCAGGUUGGGUCUGCGUUGCGUUCAGGUGCAGGCGGACACUGGAAACAUCGGCGGUAAACUGUCCCAUGAGUUCCAGCUGCCGGCGGACAUCGGCGAGGAUCGGCUUCUGGUCUGUGGGAGCUGCUCCUUCUCCGCCAAUGUGGAGACCAUGUCAUCAGACCAGUCCAACUGUCCACAGUGUGAAACUGGGAAACUGGUAGAGUCAAAGGGUAUAGAAGUAGGCCACACGUUUUACUUGGGUAAGAAGUACUCUCACAUAUUCAAAGCCACCUUCAGCAAUGCCCAGAACAAGCCGGCUGUCGCUGACAUGGGCUGCUACGGCCUCGGGGUUACGCGAAUUCUGGCUGCAGCAGUCGAGGUGAUGUCAACAGAAGAGGGGAUCCGCUGGCCGGGGCUUAUCGCUCCUUAUCAGGUUUGCGUUUUACCCCCUAAGAAGGGCAGUAAGGUGGAUGAGGCAACACUCCAAGCUGAGGAACUGGUCCAAGCUUUGGGAGAAACUCUGCCUCACCUGAGAGGUGAAGUUGUUUUGGAUGACCGCACACAGAUGACAAUCGGAAAGAGGCUGAAGGAUGCCAGCAAACUGGGUUAUCCAUAUGUUAUUGUAGUAGGACAGGGAGCUCUGGAGGAAACACCCAGGUUUGAGGUGAUCUGUCAGCAGACAGGUGAGACUGUCUUCCUCAGUAGAGAUGGACUGUUAGAUCUACUGGGAAGAGUGGAAACUAUAUAAGUAACAAGUAUGAAUGUUAGAAUAAAUGUUUCAGUUUGUGUGUGUGAGGUGGUGGGCAUAGAUUAUUCCAUGUUUUCCAAAGCCUGUAAUUUACACAUUCAAUAAACAAUUUUUAAACAAUA